CGCAGGCGAAGAUGUCGUGAGACGAGACGAAGGGAAGGAAGGGAACGAAGCGAGCGAGCGAGCUCUGUCUUCUGCUGAGGAAGGAAGCGAGCAGCUUACGUAUAGCCCCCUUCCUCCUGCCCGCCCGCCCCCACCACCCCUCCCGCUUCCUCAGAUCCCGAAUCCUAACCCUAGACGCCGCCCCCCGCCUCCGCCCACGGCCACCGGCGACCGCGACUGCCGAUGCGAUCGGCCGCGCCGUCGCGCUUUCUAGCCCGGUGCUUCUGUUGUGGGAGGGGGAAGCCCUAGCCGUGGAACCUCCGCCGCAGGCGCAGAUCGGGGAGGCGCGCGAGAUGACGGUGGACGUCUCGACCUCGCCGGCGACGGCGACCUCGCCGCCGUCCGCGUCCUCUUCGCAUCACCACCACCAUUCCGCCACCUCCCUCCGUGCUCUCUCCAACGCCGUCGCCGGCGCCUCCGCUGGUGUGAUAGCGGCGACUUUCGUGUGCCCACUCGAUGUGAUCAAGACGAGGUUCCAGGUGCACGGCUGGCCCAAGCUAGCCCCUGGAACAAUAGGAGGUAGCGUCAUUAUUGGGAGCUUACAACAGAUUACCAGGCGGGAAGGUUUCCGGGGAUUGUAUCGUGGUCUCUCCCCGACGGUUUUGGCGCUUUUGCCUAAUUGGGCAGUCUACUUUACUGUAUAUGAGCAGCUUAAAAGCUUACUUUCUUCCGACGAAGGAAGCCAUCAACUCUCCGUAGGGGCAAAUGUUAUAGCUGCAUCAUGUGCUGGAGCUGCAACUACAAUUGUAACAAAUCCACUCUGGGUUGUUAAGACAAGGUUUCAGACCCAAGGAAUAAGAUCUGGGGUGAUGAUCCCAUACAAAGGUACAGUUGGUGCAUUGACGAGAAUAGCACGUGAGGAAGGCAUCCGUGGACUAUACAGUGGACUCGUCCCUGCCUUGGCUGGCAUCACUCAUGUUGCCAUUCAGUUCCCUGUAUAUGAGAAGAUGAAAGCUUACCUGGCUGAGCGAGACAAUACUACUGUUGAAGCAUUAAGUUUUGGCGAUGUCGCUGUAGCUUCAUCUCUGGCAAAACUAGCUGCCUCAACCUUGACAUAUCCUCAUGAGGUUGUUCGAUCAAGGUUGCAAGAGCAGGGAGCACACUCUGAAGCAAGAUAUCGAGGGGUAAUAGACUGUGUUAGAAAGGUUUAUCAUGGAGAGGGUAUAGCUGGCUUCUACCGUGGGUGUGCCACAAAUCUGUUGCGGACAACACCUGCUGCAGUUAUAACCUUCACAAGCUUUGAGAUGAUUCACAGAUUCCUUCUCGAUCUAUGCCCUCCAGAAUCUGAACAGCAUCCCCAGCCACUGAAGCAUUGACUGUAUCGUUACUGUGUCCUAUCCAUGCUGUCAUCCGAGAGUAGAAAACUAGAAAUCGAGUACCUAUCCAGCGGCGCCAUUUACCUUGACAGAAGGUUCUCAUAACAGAGAUUUUGGUAAUGCAACAAGUAGCUGUCAUUCAAAGCUCAAAUCAUAGUGUAGGACAUGAAUUAACACUUGUGUAUGUACUAGUUUCGAUAACAUGCAUUGGGAGGUAUAUGAGGUGUGGAUGAACGGUGAUAUUGGUGGGUGUUGCUUGAUGAUGACGAAAGGAAAAAAAUAAUAAUGCCACUUGUAGGUACAUGAAUAAUCUACCUGAGUGUUUUUUUUUUUAUUUUUUUUAUUUUUUUAUUUUUACUUUUGAGAUCUGUGACCCUAUACCUUUAUCUGGGAGGGUGGUACGUCACAAGUUGAGGAUAUACUGUAUCAUGUGCAUAUGCGGAUUUGAUGCAAAUUCCUUUUUCACUAAA